UGUAGAAACGAUGCAAGUUCCCUUCUUAAAAAAAGGUUGAAAUCAAAAUGCACAUAGCUUGCGUAUGGUUGGAUAGAAAUAAUUUAAAAAUCAAAUGAAACCACCAUGAAACUACAUGUAUAAAAAAAGAUGAAACGGAUACGCGAACAAAAGAUUUAAGUACGUCUAAUCACUUAGUUGAUUAGAGAUGGAGCCAUUUUGAUAUACCGUUUCGAGGUUCAAUAUCGAUUUACAUUUUGCUAUAGAGUUGAUAUAGAUUUCUGCUAAUGCCUUCCCUUUUGCGAUUCAAUACCGUGAUAUACAAAUAAAGCGGGCCUAGAUGGGUUUAAAAGAGCCGACGCAGGGGAAGUUUACGAACGCAUUAAUCUCCAGCAUUAUGAUCUCUGUAUGGUUUCUCUUCUUUUCCUUUUCCGCUAUUUUGAUAAAAGCGGCUAGCUCUUUAAAGUCUUGUUUUUUAUCGCUUGUUGUUUUAUUUCUAAUAUUGGUAGCUCUCGUUGUAAUGUGUUGAUUUAGUUGCAGCUGCUGUUUUUCUCUAAGUUUAUCAAUCGUGCUUACGUUCGUAAUAGUUCCGUCGUUUAAGUUCAAACGAUUUGUCUCUCGUUCUUUUUUUGGCAUGUUUGUCAGCCUCGUUCGGCUAUUCAGUUGGUCGGUUGGUUACGUACUUUAUGUUGGGUUUUGUUGUCUCAAGGAAACCUAAUCGUAAAGCUUUAUUAACAUCAUAACAUCUACGUCAAUGUUAACAAAGCACAUAUAUACGGUGUGAUCUAACUACGCGUGAGAUAUGUUUGUGGUGAGAACUUAAGUUUGCCGGAAAUAAAGAUAUCAACUAGUUCUGAAGGAACGAUUGUGGGAGCCCGAUGGUGAUUUAAGAAGCAAUGGCUAAGAAUCAAGCGCUGAUUGUGUGCUUAUUUAUUAUUUCAUGUGCGGCUGGUUAUGAAAUAACUGUCAAAGAUACAGAUGUCCAACAGAUAGACUGUGGCGAAACAGCGUUGCUUUACAUAGAUGAUGCGUUUUAUACCUGCCAAGUUUCAUGCCCAAACGGUAGCUGUCCCACUGAACCAGUCCUUUCAGAUGCACGGCUUCAAUGUCAAGGGAAGCUCUACUGCUCAUUACCACUAAGCAAAGCCGUGUACUCACAUGUAAAUCCUUGUGGAAAUGGAACAUAUGGCUUCACAAUGAGUUGGCAUUGCCAAAACAUGACCAGCUUAUUACUACAAGAGAAAGAAGCUUACAACUUUAGUUGCAACGGAACUGAUGAUCUCAUUGUCUUCCAUGUUAUUCAUUGGGAAGGUUUUACUGUUGAAAAUGUCACGCAGCCCAGUCAGACCAACAUGACAGGAAGUAACGCAACAGCUAUCAAUCAAACAGGAAAUGCAAAUGUGACAAGCAGCAACAGCACAUUGAACAACCAGACAAUUGGGUACAACAACACUGUUAAUGUGACAACUAAUGCCACGGAAAGUGAGAUAGAUGCCCUGAACUUCACUGUGCCUCUACCAAAUGUGCCUAUCUACUACUUUUCAAACCCUUGUCAUGAGAAAAAGACUUGUUUGUUCAACACUUCAUUACUUGAAAAUCCAUAUGCCGGAAAAGUGGCCAAGAGGAUGGUUCGACUCAAGGCGAGCUGUCAGCCAAGAGACAGUGGAUUUAGCGAGUGGGCAGCCUGGAGCACUUGUCCGAAUUCCUGUGGCGUGCUUCACUAUCUGACUCGUCGUCGACGAUGUUUAAACCCUACAGAAGUGAACGAGGGAGCUGACUGCACCGGCAAACAAUCCCAAACAAAAAGCCAGCCAUGUACAAAACCUUGUCAAGGUCUUAACAACACAGUUUGUCAGAAUCAGUCAAUGGAUUUAAUCUGUCCGCCUGGUUCCUUCAUAAAUCUCGACUCUAUCUUCUUUGGUAGCAAAUCUAGUGCUGUCUGCAAUAGCAGUUCUGAUUUUGGCCCAGUGAUAGAAAACUGUACAACGAGUGAAAUAGAGACAUAUAACAAUGUCAUUGCAUGGGAGCGUUGUGAGAUGCAACAAAACUGCAGCCUUGUUGCAAGUAUUGCGACGUUCAGAGAUGCAUGUCCUGGGUUUCACAAGUACCUGAAUAUCCAGUACAAGUGUAGCCCAGUGGUGGAGAGAGCUUUCUGUGACGAAGACAAUGCUAAGAUAAAAUGUCCUGAUGAGAAACGACUUAUUCUUCACGACGAAAUAUUCUAUGGCCGUGAUUCUCAGUCAAUAUGUCCAGAAAUAAAAAAUCCAAGAAACUGCAGCAAGCAAGUCUUAAAGACAAACCAUUACUGCAAUAACUAUGAGUGUAAUAUUGACCGAGUGAAUGCAGAUGCACUGAAAGCCACCAACUGUCCUGAUGUUGUCAAGUAUAUCAGGUUUAGAUACAGCUGUCAAACAGAGGACAGCAUAUACACAAUGUGGGGGCCAUGGGGAGAAUGUGAGGCCUGUGGGCUACAUGCGAAACAAGUGCGCAAAAGGAAACUCAUCAAUGGAGUUGAGAGUAUUUAUUGGAGUUGGCAUGGAGGGAAUAACCUAAAUGACUUCAAACUCUGUUACAAGCCAUGUGAAGAAUACAACUUCACAAUAUGCGACAACUCAACGAAAACCAUCUCCUGCCCAAAGUACAAUAAUUACCCGACAGUGAUCGAAGUUCGUUCGGUAUUUUAUGGCCGAACUAGUGCCGAUGUCUGUGCAAGCAGUGGCUCAUAUACAAACUGUAGUACGCUUGAUACAGCCAAGAAAGAGGUCAUGGAGUUAUGCCAGGGACAAAACGAAUGCAUGCUUAGAAAUCUUGAGUCGAUAUUGACAGACCCUUGUGUGGGUAACUCGAAGUUUUUUAACAUGAGCUAUCGCUGCCAGCCAGUCUACGAAUUUGCAAGGACUGAAGGCUACAAAAUGGUGCCAAAGAAUAUCAGUUGCUAUGAAGACAUGGUCAUCGUACCACACGAUGCCACGUGGAAAUCCAAUGAAUGCCCACACCUACCAAACACAGCCUACCCAAAAGUCAAACAGGACUGCGAUGGAAAUCGUCACUGCUAUGUGAAUAAUGGAAUUACGUACUUAGGGGAUCCCUGUGUUGGUUCGCCAAAGAGAUUCCAGAUGUGGUAUAGCUGUCAAACAGCCAAAGGUGGUCUAAGUAAAGAGUGGGGUCCUUGGAGCAAUUGUACGGAAUGUGGGUUGUACAGCUUUCGAGAGCGCAACAAAACCUGUUUACACCCUGCUACUCACACAGCAGGAGCGCAUUGUCCAUUGGUUCAGGAAACGCAGAACUGUAAUAAGCCUUGCCCUGUUCAAAAUCUUGGCUUCACCAACAUUGAAAAUUCAGCUAUCGCCGCCGUUUUUGGAGAGCCACUCGUUGUGAAUUGGAAAAUGGCGUCAGGCACGAACGUGACCAUCAUGUUUGUAUGGGGCGACAAUUCCACCAACACCACUAUGGAAUACGUGCAAGCGAAUGUCACGACCCCCUUACUUGGUCAAAUGACGUCACAUAAUUAUACAAGCGAAGGAGAAUACACACUGACACUCUCCGGUUUUAACGUCGUGAAUAAUAUCACACAACACACUUCUGUCUACGUUCAGGUUAAAUUAGAGGGGCUUAAUUUAACCACCCCGAUAUGGAUAAAGAAGAAUGAAUCUGUCACGCUUUCUAUGUCACUAGAAAAAGUCUCCAAAGCUCUACCCUACGUUACUUGGAGUUUUGGAGAUAAAAGUAGUCUAAUAACGACUAACUUUACAGUCGAUCACCUAUACACAAGUCCUGGAAAUUUCACCGUGGCCGUAAAUGCAUCCAAUAGAGUAAGCUUUGUAGAGACAUCGAAGGUUAUUCUCGUGCAGGAGAAUAUAACUGACUUUAAAUUUACUAGUAAUAUAUUCAGCGUCUCCUUAAAUUCUAAUGCGGAUUUGGGACUCCUGUGGAAUACAGGCAGCCAUCUUAUCAUCUGUUUCAACAUCAGUGAUAACUCUUCUGGAUGUCAGUAUUCACACAUUAGGGACCCUAGUACUGGUGGAGUACACCUUCGGCAUGUUUUCGCACAAUUAGGACUGUUCCACGUCUCAGCGAAAGCGUACAACUAUGUGAAUACUGCGCAUGCUGCAACACAGGUACUUGUGGAGAUACCAAUUUCAGGCUUCAAUGCAUCCAUCGUCUGUCACAAGAAGUUUAAAGAUUGUUUUCAGGGUGACGGGGUCUCAGUCUUUGGUACAAUCACCAAUGGAUCGAACCCUCACAUUAAGGUAGACAUGAACGAUUCGAGUGUGUUUAUUUUCAGUCUCAGUAACCAAAUCAGCCUCAACUACAUUUACAAUACUUCCGGUGUCUUCAAAGCUUCAGUCACUGCCUUUAACAAUGCGACUCAGCAAACGUAUGAAGCAACGUUAAAUAUGCUGUCUCUGACACCUUUACAAGGUGUAAGAGUGAUUUGUGAUGCAAUGGUAACCCUAGGGAACGAAACAACAUGUCAUCUAUCAAUCGAUAAUGGAUCGGCCUACGAGUGCCACAUACUCUCCGAUGGUCUCUCGCUCAACUACACUUAUGAUACCAUGCCUAACCGUUUGAUACACCGCUAUAAUACUUAUGGUAUCUAUCUUGUUGCAAUGACGUGCUCAAACGCUUUAGGGGACAAAACAGCGAGGUACACGACCGUGGUUUCGGGACCUACACUUGGAAUGUCCCUGUCCAAUAAUGGGCCCAUGGUCCAUGGUGUGGUUUCGUCUUUUAGGGUCAACAUCCUGAAUGCGCCACUAGGGUCCUGUUUUAUGAUUGAUGUCGGUGACGGAUUAAGGGUGGCUUACGGAGAUAAAAACUGCAGUGUGGAAAACUACGGGAUCUCAAACGUCUUACCGCUCAAAAAGGCAUUCACAUUCAAUCACACUUACAGCCGGCAUGGGAUCUUUAAAGCAAUUCUGAAAGGCUCCGGGAACCUUAUAAAGGAAGAGGUAACGAGUAACAUUACCAUAACUGAAAGACCUUGUAAUAUUUUAACUAUUGGCUUUAUUAACAUUGCAAAGACUUCUGUCACAUCAACACGUUUGCAGAAAUCCCGAGAUUUCACAGUGAGGUCUAGUUAUACCAUUAAGUGUGAUGAUGCCAACGGAGCAGUACUAGACUGGGAGGUAUUUCAGAAUAAUUCAAAUGGAGUGUUAAAGUCUAUGUUGAAAAAAUCCACUUCAACAUCACAGCUAACAAUUGAAGCAAGAAGCCUUGAUUACGGCAUCUAUAGAGUUAGCUUAAGGCUGACCCUGGAGGGGGUGGCCGGGAUUUCGGACACUACAGAGGGUUACAUAAACGUGGUGCCCACGCCCCUCGAGGUCGUCAUUAAACAAGGGUCCGCCUUCAGAAGAAGUCAAAACGAUGACAUCACCAUCGACGGCUCGGAAUCACGUGACCCCGACAAAACUGGAAGUAUGAACAAAACGUUGAACUUCUUAUGGUUCUGUUACCUGGCUAAUGAAAUAGCUGAAGUCAAUAUUACCAAUAGGCCGGUAUCUAGCUUGAUUGAAAGCGUUCCUGCUAAGAAUCAAUCAGAAGAGGAUUCUUGUGCAAGAUUUGUGCUGAGCAGGUCCUAUGUCACUAUGUCGUCUAUACAAUUGAGCCCUCAGUUAAUUCGUCAGCAGAUUAUUAUGAUAGAACUGAUAGUCAAGGAGGGGAACAGACAUGCGCGAACAACGUCCGUGAUGCAGCUGUAUAAUUCGUCGAUGCCAAUUCUCUAUAUAAGGUGUGUUCACAACUGCCAAGUCCGAGUCGACCCGACUGAAAUUCUAUCAAUCUCCGGAUUAUGUUCGGAAAACUGCCACUCGAACGUUACGAAAACCUGGACACUCUACAACCGAAACGGCUCAUCAAACCAUUGGGACUUGGUGUCUGAUUUCAAAUCCAUGGUUAUAUCAUCAGAAGACCAAUACAGCCUUGUCUUCCAGAAGAACGUUUUAAAGAUUGGAUCUAUGUACACUGUGAGAUUGACUGCUGAUAACAAAGACGGGGGAAUACUCGGACUGUCUGAGUACCAGUUCAACACAAGUGUGCCUCCUUAUGGCGGAGACUGUCGUAUCGAACCUAACGAGGGGUUUGCUAUGAAAACUCAAUUCACAUUUCGUUGUCAUAACUGGACGGUGGAGAACGAGCCAGCGCUGUACAGGUUUGGGUACAGAGAAGUUUAUACAGAUCUUAGAAAUAUUUUGUUCAGUACAAGUAAGAUUGAAUCUGCUCUGCUUUUACCCGCGGGACACGCAAAGAACAACUCGUUGCUUGAUGUAUUUGUUGUGAUCGAAGAUUUUCUUGGUGUUUCCACCACGUGGGAGGGCUCGAUCAAGGUACUAACAAGACAGCUGAACACUACAGAACUCAACUCGCUCGUACUGCAGGACAACAGUCAACUCAACUUUUACAUCAACAUCGGAGACAUACGCUCGGCUUCAGAACUUGUCAGCGGUCUUCUCUCUAUCAUGAACUAUGAGGCCACAUUACAAUAUGCCAGCGGUAACUCCUCUUCCGCAGCUAUCACCGAGAGAAAAACGGCUCGCUCGGCGAUCAUCUUAAAGAUGUCAGCUGUACCAACUGACAACCUCGAGGCGGUCAAACAAGUGUCUGUCACAUUAGCGUCGUCUGCGGAGGUCAGAAACGAAGUAGAAGUAAUUGCGCUGACAACUGGGACAAGUAAGUUGGAUUCGAUGGCCAGUGUACUUCUGAACAAGUCCAAAGAAGACAUUGGCAUCACCGCCAUAGCAGACGCUGCCAAAGACAUGGUGACCGCAGCCAGUAAUGUCAUGCGGUCAGCGGCAUACGUGGCGAAUUACUCACGCAAAGGGGAGGAAAUGUCCGGCAACAUUAAAAAGAGUCAAGCAGUAGUAAAUAACAACAUGAGAAUAUUCGACAUCAUCGCCAAAGCCGUCUUCAACAAGCACCUCCCAGGACAGGAUGACGUCAUAGUACAAACAACCAGCACAGCAGUGGUUUAUCGAAGGGUUACUCCCAAAAAUAUUGCCGAUAAGUCAGUGGUGGUAGGAGGGGCAGAGGUCAGGUUACCCAGCUCCACGGUUCAACAUCAAAGAUAUAACCACACGGAUAUACAGAUGAGUGUUAUUCCAGAGAACCCCUACACGUGGGACAACUCAAGUCUUCGAAUGCGUUCACCCAUCGUCUCUCUUAAGAUUAUGGACGACAACAGCAAACCCAUAACCGUAGCUAACCUGACCGAAGAUAUCGAACUUACGAUCGGAGGGGUUAGUUCCUCUCCUCACGAGGAAUCCCCUCAAUUUUACAGACCCGCUGAUAACUCCUCCCUACAGUAUCACACUUUUACGUAUAGUGAACCGGGAGAGUCAAUACGUCUAGCUAUAAGACCUGUCAAUAAAACAAACAAGUUCAUUGUGUUUGUAAAAUUAGGAAGCAAGCCUACGGAAUUGGACUUCGAAAUAAGCGGAACGUUUCCAAAUUACUCUUCGUGCAAUCUCACCGCUGUUAAUGAGCCGUACAACUGCAGCUCUGACCCUUACAGUUUAUUUCUCGCUGGUGAUCGUCUUACGCUUAAUGGUAUUUACUACGUCGGAAUUAAGUACGUCACGGGCGACAAGGGGGUCAAUGAUGAGGUUAAGAGUCGAGAGAAAAGGGACUGUGAACAAGGGCGAAGGUCAAAGAGAUCAUGUAUAAAAUACAAAGACCCUCCACCCACCCUACCUGGUAAUGGGGAGUACGAAAGGUUCCAGAAGGACUACGAUAGGUUCCUAGAUAUAAACUACACAAUGGGUACGGAGAGUGUUGGCUGCCGGUACUGGAGUCUCGCUUCAAAUACGUGGACGACAAAAGGAUGCAAGGUUGGUCGUCGACGCUCGUCAGGACGCCAGCUCUCGUGCACGUGCAACCAUCUGACGUCAUUCGGCGGUAGCUUCUUUGUGGCUCCCAACCCAAUCGAUCUAGCGCAAGUCUGGAUAGCCUUCCAGAAUCCCGAGGAUAACAUACCCAUCAUUGUUACUAUGACUACCGUGAUGGGGGUGUUCCUGCUGGUUCUCAUUUGGGCGCGACGUGCUGACAGCAAGGACGAGGCACAUCAGAAUAGUAUCGUUAUGAUGCAAAACAAUGGCGUCACAAAGUCCUACAACUACAUGGUGACGAUCAGAACUGGUCAGCGGCGUGAUGCGGGCACAACCGCAAACGUAUUCCUUGCCCUUUCCGGUGACGUCAGCGAGAGUGGCGUGAUUCCCAUCAGUACCACAACAGGAGCUAAAUUCAACCGUGGAUCCAGCAUAGACACAACCGUCUGCCUUCCAAUGAACUUGGGAUCCCUGUUGUACAUCCAUAUUUGGCACGACAACCAGGGUCAAAGUCCAGCAUGGUUUCUUGAUGACGUCACCAUCCGAAACUUGCAGACAGGUGGACAGUGGAAUUUUGUGUGCGACCGCUGGAUUGCUGUGGAAAACGAGGAAUGCCGGACUGAUGUCAUCCUUUACGCUGCAUCUCAAGCGGAGUUGAAUAACUACACGCGUAUUUUCGUCAAAAAGACAUCCAAUGAUUUGUACGAUGGGCACCUGUGGUUCUCUGUCGUCGCCAAGCCGCCCACGAGCUCCUUCACUCGUGUCCAGCGGUGUUGCUGUUGCCUGUCACUCCUAUUCUGCACCAUGGUAACGAGCUGUAUGUUCUAUAAUAUCAAAGGUGCAGCUGAUGACUCGAUCAUUAUGAUAGGGCCAAUCAAGCUGAGUCUCCGGGAGAUUGUUAUUGGAGCACAGAGUGGGAUCAUUGUUUUCCCCAUGAAUUUCUUCAUUGUAUUCCUAUUUCGCAAGAGUAUGGAAGCCCGAGAGAAACUCGAUGAACCAAGUAAACUUACUAAGAAGCUCCGAGCCGGGAAAUUCGCGUUCUUUUACAAUGAGUGCUUCGAGAGCAAUGGUGCUUCGCGAAGGAUGUGUAGAAGUGGUGUGUUUAAAGGACAAGUCUUAUAUUUCCUUGCGUGGUUUCUGUGUAUAGCUACAUCGUUUGCAUCUGCGGUUGUUACCAUUAUGUAUAGCUUAAUGUGGAAGGCGGACAUUUCAGAGAAGUGGUGCGUCUCGUUCUUCUUGUCUUUCAUAGAAGACGCCUUUCUCAUUCAGCCAAUCAAAGUGGCUUUGCUCGCUGCAUUACUCGCAUUCGUUAUAAAGGAGACAAAAAAACGUAAGAAGAACAACUAUGAGACGUUACGAAAUGGAGAUACUGAUAACUUCUUGGAUGAUACAAGUGAGAAGGGAUCCGAGGAGAGUGCAAAAGUGACUAACGAACGGCGACCGCCUAAUCGAAACUUCUUGGAAAACGCCCGGAGAAUGAGAAUCAAGCAGAUAAAAACUAACCAAGUAGUAAAGGAUGUCCUGUUUUAUGUGGUUUUCUUACUGCUCAUUAUGGUGUACGCCUAUGGCCACAGAGACCCUAUCGCAUUCAACUUGACUAAGGAGAUUGUGGACUUAUCAAGACCGGUGGUGGGCUUGAAACACGAUCAGUACUGGGACUGGCUUUCAAAACAGAUUAUUCAUAUGAUCUUCGUGGGCUUCUGGUACAAUGGUGCUGAAAGUGAAGCAAGUCUGGACGGGUUUAUCACUGAUCGGGCGUCAUUCCUUGUUGGGUUGUCCCGGCUCAGACAGCUCAGGGUCAGACAAGACACAUGCGCUGGCUGGAAUCCGCUGCUCGAUACUGCAGGCGCGUGUUAUCCUUCUUUUUCUCUUAACCACGAGGACAAAGACUUCUACAAACCAGGCUGGGAGCCACUGGACCCCGGGACCGACCGGAACAACGUGAGCUUUGAAGAGUGCCCACAACACUGGCGCUACCAAAGUGCCAGAGACUUGAAUGGGCUCCCUGUGUGGGGCGUGACAAAUAUUUAUCCAGGGGGAGGAUAUGUGGCAGAGUUAGGUUACUAUCCUGCGAAGGCUUACCAGGUGUUGGAUGAGCUCUACUCGAAUAGCUGGAUUGACCGGCACACUCGAGCUGUGUUAUUGGAAUUCGUGGUCUACAAUGCGCAACAGAAUUUGUUCAGUGCGGUGACCAUCCUUGUGGAGUUUCUACCAAUGGGAGGCAUGAUUCCUUACAGCAAAAUCGACACAGUGAGGGUAUAUCGUUAUGUCAAUACAUACUCCACACUGUUAAUCGCCUCCGAAAUCAUCAUCGUCUUAGUUAUCAUCGGGUCUUUGUACCUUCUUAUAAAGCGCAUUUACAAGCAGCGAACGCUCUUCUUUAAGUAUUUCUGGAAUUGGGUUGAUAUUUUUCAAGUCCUUUUUGGUCUUGCAUCCAUCUCUAUGUAUUUCAUCAAGUUAGCGAGUAUUCAGACAACUAUGAAAGAUCUCAAGUUGAACCCUCUCGUCUUUGUGAACUUCCAAGUCACCGUCUUCCUCAACGACGUUGACGCAUGCUUGGUAGCCGCUGUAGUAUUCUUGACGACGAUCAAAUUUCUACGUCUGCUAAAGUACCAGGCCUAUAUCAAACUUCUAGACAACGUUUUUGCUAGGUUCUCAACCGAUAUGUCCUGGUUUAUGGUAGAGUUUACAAUGUGGCUGAUGCCUUUCGUGAUUUUUGAAAACAUCGUAUUCGGCACAAAGCUUGAGGAUUUUCAUACGAUUCUGUCCUCGUUCCAGUCCUCUCUGAACGCUCUGCUGGGGUCGACAUACUACAACGACCUUAAAGAUGGCGACCGCGUCAUGGGACCAUUACUUUUCGUCGGGUUUAACAUCCUAGUGGUCUUCAUAUUACUGAACAUCUUCAUAUCCAUUAUAAAUGCGUUCUUUCAGAGACCUGUCGAUAGUGCAUUCACAAAGGCGACCGACCCCGAACUGAUGCUUUUUAUCGGGGAUAAACUUCGGGCUUUGUUCGGAAUUAACAUCGUGCAGCCAUCGGGAAUCCCCGAAGCAUCUUUAGAAAACGAAAUAGGAAGCCUAGCAAGUGUUCAGACAAUUGUAGAGGAUGUCCGUGCCUCGCCGAUCAAAGACACCAAUCGCGAAUAUACCACUGAAGGGAAAACUACUGAAAGGAACCCAAAGUUAACUGUCAAGGAAAAGAUGAGCAGAUUUCAUAGCCUUGUGUCGCGAAUUCUGCUCCUUGACGAAAUUGAGGACACUUUGUAUGGCAUGAUCUUACUUCGGAGAGGUCGGGGCUCACUAAGAAACCGCUGUCAUGCGCUUAUUCAUGUGAAUCCGUUAGAUGAUAGCGACGAUUUGGAGGAUGACACCCAAUUUUAAGGUGCCCGGGUCCAACUUGCGUGACACUAUUGUUCUUAUGAAAAUUAGGAUAAUAGUUUAUACUACAGAGCUGCAGCAGGCCACGUAAAGUUGGGGGAGGGGCAAAAUUCAGAAUCAUUAAAAAAAAAUUCGGGGAGGGGGGGAGGGGCACAAUACAGAAACAUAAAGAGAAAAACAUUUUUUUCAGGGGGGAGGGGGAGAGGCAAAGUCACGCCCCUACUGUUCAUGUUUUUUUUUUUAAUAUUGCGGGGGCACCUGACCCAAGUGCCCCUCCCCCUGCUUUGAACCUGUAUUACGAAUACUCGAUAUAGACAAAAAAAUAAAUUGCUAUGAUUUACCAUAAUCAUUAUUUUAAGGAUUUAUUGGAUUCUGUCAGCUACUGGCAUUUACAUCUCAUUUACAUAAAGUUCUAGAUAGUAAAGCAUUUGUCACACAUGCUAUUCAUAUCACGCAAUCAUACACAGUUCGGCCGAAAAAUAAAAUCAAUAAAUAAAAGCAAGCCCCUCGAA